AUGAAAACUAAUGUAACGAUUAGAUUCAUUUUUACACAAGAUAAUAUUGUAAUUAUUGGUACAAGUCAACGACAUGUGCUGAAGUUCAUUCGUUAUAAUCAAACUACACUUUAUUUUCUUCAUGAAUCAAUCUAUCAUAAUGAACCAUUUAAUAGUCAAUAUAUUGUCGAUAAUGAACAUGAAUCACUGAUAUUUGCUAUUGGUACUGAGCUUCAUCGUUACGCUUAUAAUUCAUGUUCUCUUUACGAUACAUGUCAAUCAUGUAUAGGUAGUCGACGUUAUGAUAAUAAACCAUGUAUUUGGUUUGAUGGUAAAUGUUCGUUAUCAUCAAAUUCAUUAGUGAAUGAUCGUGGAUGUCCACCAUUAAUUGAUCAAAUUCAACCAAUAAAUGCAAGUGUAAAUCUAGAACAAAUUACAUUGACCAUAACAGGAUCAUUCCAAGGAAUUCAAGCACAUUUAAUUAAAAUUUUAGUAAAAUUUUCUUUACCAAAUCAAAAUGAAUUUUUCUGUACAAUUCAAACGAUACAAAAUGGCAGUUUAACUUGUAAUUUAACUAUUCCAAAACAAGCAGUUGAAGGAGUUAUUUCUGUUAAUAUUAAACCUAAAAGAAUAUUAUCUAUUGGUGAUACUGAUAUAUCUGGUUCAAUUGAAUAUCCAGAAAAAUUUCAUGUUUAUAUACCGAAACCAAUUCUAGUACCUGACCAUGGUCCAGCUGUUGGUGGAACUAAAAUUCGAAUUCAAAAUUUAAAUUUAAAUUCAACUAUAAAAAUCUUUUUAGGCAAUGCUGAAUGUCAUAUUUCGAAAUAUGAUUAUUCUAUUAAUGAAAUUGAAUGUAUUAAUCAGGCUUGUGUCAAUGAUAAAGAACAAUUAGAAUUGAAUAUUCAAGUUAAUAAUCAUUCAUGGCAAUUAGAAAAAACAUAUUUUCAAUGUCGAGCUAAUCCGAUUAUAUUGGAUUGGUUUCCAAAAAAAUCGAUUAUAAGUGGAGGAAUAAAAUUGAUUGUAUCUGGUCAAAAUCUUAAUGUUGUACAAAAACCUAUAAUGAAAUUUGUAUAUAAUACAUCAAUUGUUAAAUUUAUUUCAUCAUGUGAAUCUGUUACAACUUCGCAAAUGGUUUGUUUAUCACCAAUAAUUGAUAGAAAUCUUAAUAUAACUCCAUCAUUUGAUCUAAAUGUAUUAUUUAUUAUGGAUAAUCUGAAAAUAAUACCGAAUGAUGAUAUUUUAAUAAUUGCGAAUGAUCCAAUUUAUUAUCCAUUUGUAAACUCGAUACAAGAAAUUAAUUCGACAAAUAUUGUUCGAUUUGAGGGUUCCGAUCUUGCAGCAACACAUGCAAUAGAUCAAAUCGACAUACGAAUAGAUAAUUUUAGUAAUACUUGUAUUCCAUUUAAUUUUACGAAUACUCAACUUUUAUGUGUAUUGUCUAAAUUUAUUGUAAAGAACAUUAAAAAUUCUCAAGCAAAUGUUGAAAUUCGUGUCGGAAGUAAUUUAACAUUUUCAAUUGGAAAAAUUUUCUUUCAAAAUCAAAAUCAAUCAUUAGCAUCAUCAUUUAUUCCAUAUGUGUCUCUUCAAUUUGGUUCAUGGGCAGUUUUACUUUUACUAAUUAUUUUUUCAAUAACAAUUUUGACUAUUCUAUUUGCAUUAAUAAUUUUAACACGUCGUCGUUUUUAUCAUGCAUCUGAACAAUUUCCAAAAGAAACAAAACCACCACAACAUUAUCAAACAAUAUGGUAUGAAGUUGGCAAAAAUAGACAAAUUAAUCGUAAAAAUCUUAAUAUAUAUGAAAAAGUUGGUCAAGGUUGUUUUGGUGAUGUUUAUCGAGGUGAAUUAAGACAACAUAAAAAUAAAAUAAUUGAAGUUGCUAUUAAAGUUUUACGUGAUCAUAAUGUUUCAUCAAUGCGUGAAUUUUUAUUUGAAGCAAAUCGUAUGAAAGAUUUUUCUCAUGCAAAUGUUCUUUCAUUAAUUGGUGUUUCAUGGGAUCCAUCACUUAAAGCAAUGGUACUUUUACCUUAUAUGAAAAAUGGUGAUCUUCGAAGUUAUUUACUAAAUGAAAAUAAUCGACCAACUGUAAGACAAUUAAUAACAUGGGCUAUUCAAAUAGCUGAUGGAAUGGAAUAUCUUGCUUCAUUAAAAUUUGUUCAUCGGGAUUUAGCUACAAGAAAUUGUAUGUUAGAUGAACAAUUAACAUGUCGAAUAUCAGAUUUUGGUCUUAGUCGAGAUGUAAUUGACCGAGAUUAUUAUAUUGUACCAACAACAACAACAACAACAAAAGAAAACGAUGGGACAGCUUUACAAAUAACACCAAGACGUUUACCAAUUCGAUGGUUAAGUCCAGAAUCUAUUGAAUCAUCGAAAUAUACAAUUCAAUCUGAUGUGUGGUCUUUCGGUGUUCUUCUUUGGGAAUUAAUGAGUCGUGGCAAAACACCAUAUCCAGGCAUUGAUAAUGCUGAUAUAUUUACUUAUGUAAAACAUGGUUAUCGUCUUCAACAACCUACAUAUUGUCCUCAAUUAUUAUAUAAAUCAGUAAUGGUUGUCUGUUGGCAUGCUGAUCCAACUAAACGUCCAUCAUUUACACAACUUGCUCAUGAUAUUCGUCAUGUACUUCAUCAACUUGAGCUAGAACAACAACGAAAACAAUCAUCAUCAGUUGAUGAUGAUGAUGACGAUGAUACAACUAUUAUUCAACGAUAUCCAAUCGAUAGAAAAAUAAAACAUUUAUCAUCAACAUCUUUUUCAUCAACGUCUAGUAUUGGUGGACAAUAUAUAACUACACCUCAUCGACAAUCAGAAAAUGUACAAUUAUUAAUUGAUCGACAAGAGGAUAAUGAUGAUGCAUAUACUAUAACAAUAAAUGAAAGUGCUGAUGUAUUUAGUACAACUAGAUUAUUACCGGAAUAUACUGAAACAAGCAUUGUAGAAGAUGCUUAA